UCUGUUUACGUGUGACGUAGACUCCGGGCGACACAAAUUAUUUCAUUGCAAAAACGUAAAUUGGAGGAAGUUAGUUCGUUUACGAUUUAUAACGUGGGAGAAUACCUUUUUAAAAUAUGGCCUAAUGACAGAGGUUUUACUGAUACUGUUUGGUACUUGUUUGUACGAAAAAGCGCCGGUUUUCUUUUCAAACAUUCCAGACUGCCCGCCCAGCGAGUAAGAGAUUAAAUCAACCAGUGGUUGGCGUUUCAGUUUUGUCAUAUUGCUCCAAAUGGAGCUUCAUUCAUAAAUCUUUUAAAAUGAAUGUGACCGACAUCGGAAACAAAGAAGAAGGGAAGCUCAAUUAUCGAAAACCAGCUUCUGGAAAAGGUGUUUUGUUGAAGGUCGUACGUACUGCUCAGCAAGUUAAGGUGCGUUUCCUCCACGCAGCCUUUAACACCACAGGAGAAUCCUUCCUGGCUGGUGAUCACCAUGGUAACAUCUAUUCCAUUGACAUAAGUAAAUACAGAUUUCGUCUCGUGCAGAAGACGGGACAGGCCUGCACUGCUCUGGCAUUAGGCUCCAAUCAGAGCAGAGAGUACCUGGUGGCUCUUGUUGAUAAUACCAUCAAGUGUUUUGACCAAGACACAAAAGAGAUGGUCAGCUGUAUGCGGGGUCAUGAAGGGGCCGUUACGUCCAUCUCCAUCCAUAGUUCCGGCAGGUAUGCCAUCACCACUUCCUCAGACACUGCUCAGCUAUGGGACCUGGACACCUUCCAGAGGAAGAGGAAGCUCAAUGUCAAUCAGUCAAUUGGCAUUCAGAAGGUUUUCUUCCUCCCUCUCAGCAACACCAUCCUCAGCUGUUUCAGUGACAACUCCAUCUUUGCCUGGGAGAGCAAAACCCUGGUGUGUAAAUACCAGCUUCCCGUGCCAGACCACAGAGCUCGGCACACCUACAAGACCUUUGCUGUAACGCAGGACAGCAAGAGCCUGGCAGCUGGGGGCCGGUCCAACCUUCUGCACCUGUGGUGUUUGGACAGCAAGAAACUGGUCAAGGUGAUCCAGAUGCCCACUCAAGUUCGGUUUGUCAGGCAGCUGGAGUUUCUUCCCGACAGCUUGGAUGGAAAAUCCAGUCAGACAUUGGGUGUGUUAGGGCAAGAUGGAAUUAUGCGUUUUAUUAACAUUCACACCUCCAAGCUGCUCUUCCACAUCGGGUCCCACAAUAAUGGCAUCAACGCAGUGACCAUCAGCCCUACUGGCCGUCAUGUGGUGGCCAUCUUUGAUGACGGCAGCAUCAGCAUCUAUAGUGCUCAGAGUCUCAUGGAGGAUUUAAACCAUCUUCUUCCACUACUUGCGGUAGUCUCUGAUAGUCCAGCAAGCCAGGCACCAUCAAAUCUCAAGGUCAAAUCUGAUACGAUACAAAAACCAGCCAAUCACACAGCUAGGUCGAAACAGCGGAAGAUCCGUGCGCUUGCUGCUGGGUCUGCAAUAGAAGAUAAAGAGAACCAACUCUACGGUGGUCUGAACAAGACGCGGCUGGUGGGUCUUCUGAAAGCAUUUGGGGAAUAUCCUGCUAAAUACCGGAUGUUUGUGUGGCGGUCCUUGUUGUGCCUUCCUGAGAACUACAUAGCAUAUAACAGUUUGACUGAAAAAGGAGUCCACGCAGCUUAUCUCAGCCUCCAUGACAAGUAUCCCAUCAAAAGUCCAAAACUUCAGAGAGGGCUGCAGAGGGUUUUAUCUGCACUGUCUCAUUGGUCUUCCAUCUUUGGAGAGGCAGAGUAUCUCCCGCUAUUAGCCUUUCCAUUUGUCAAGUUGUUCCAGAACAACCCUUUGCUGUGUUUUGAAGUGGUGGCCACUGUCUUAGUGAGCUGGUGUCAACACUGGUUUGAAUACUUCCCCAACCCUCCUUUAAACAUCCUCAACAUGGUCGAGAACCUUCUGGCGCAUCAUGACAAGGAGCUUCUGCAACACCUGGUGGACUGUGGGAUCACCUCUCAGCUCUACGUGUGGCCCCUCUUGGAGACGUUAUUUUCAGAGGUUUUGACUCGUGACGAAUGGCUGCGACUCUUCGACAACGUCUUUUCCAAUCAUCCGUCCUUCCUGCUGAUGGCCUGCUUGGCCUACCUGAUGUCCUGUCGGGAGCCCCUCUUGCUCUGCUCGCAGAAACGGGACUUUGAGUAUUUUUUCCACCAUCGGAACAACUUGGACACGGAAGCCAUGAUCAAAGACACCUACCGGCUGAUGAAUAACACACCGGCUGACGUUCAUCCGAGGAGGAUGCUCUCGGAGUUCUCGCCGCUGACGAAAGGCUCUUACCCUGUGUUUAACCACUACCCGGAGUUCAUAGUGGAAUAUCAGAACCGGGAGAGGAAAAAAAUGCGGCAGCAAGAGCUGGAAUACCUCCAGGAGAGGCAGGAGAUAAUGUUGCAGCGUACAGAUUUGGUACGGCGCCAAGCUGAAGAGGAUACCUAUUAUGUGCAACAGGAGUUGCUGCAAAAGGCUGAAGAGCAGCGCAAAAUUAUCCUGGCACAAGCGGAAGAGAAACUCUUACAGCAAAGGAAAAAUUUGGCAGCCAUAAAGAGAGACCUGAAGGCGAAGGAGUUACAGCUUCUCGAUGCAAAUAGAAAUCGUCUUUUCAAACACCAGCAGGACCUCCAACUCUCACAAUUACACAGAUUGGACCAGGAGAUCCUAAGAAAAAUGGCGCUCCAUGAGGAGGAAACAUCCGCAGCGUUCCAGGCUCUGGAUCUCAGGCAGAUGGAGUUGGAGGUGGAGCGGAAGCAGCUUCAACAGCAACUGUGCAAGGAGCAGCUUCGCAUCGAACGACAGGUUGCCGACAUGAGGAUGAAAAGCACAGAGGGAGAGAAGGAACUGGAAGACUUCCCGGCAGAGUCGCGUAACCCUGGCUCCGAUCACAACUGGCAACAGGACGCUGAGUGCCAACAAUACGACAAUGGGGAGCUGGAGAAGAAAAGGCGAACAUUAGCGGAAGGUGACCGGCUGACGCGCACCAUGAGUGAUGUUGCUGGAAAGGAGUGGGAUGAAGUGGUGAGUCAGCGAAGGCGCUUAGCGGAGCGACAGCGAUCCAGGCCUGCAGCGGACACAAGUUCUCCAAGACAGAGUUCCAACACCCCUUACGUCAGGACGGCCACCACUAAGCCAGCUACACCGAAGCAGGGUGGAAGCAACGGCAUGGUGUGCUUGAACAGCUGCUCCCCCUCGGAAAGCACCGCCACCGUCUUGUCACUGGACAGAGGCCGGACACAUUUGGACAGCAAAGAGAGGCAACUGAUGAAGCAAAUCAAAUGUCUGAGAGAGAAGCUUGUGGCCAGAGCCCAAGAAGACAACGGUGCCUCCUCACAGUCCCUCUACACACACUGACUGACUACUCCACUGACCACCAGCUCUUACUUAACUCUUAUUGACACUCUGGAACCUAUCUUUGUUGACAUUAUUUAACAUCCAUGGCUAUCUUUUUACGUUGAAAACUCAUGCAUGCUUAUUGUAUCAUGUUGAUUAGACAUUUUAAAGGCUGUUUUACAUAGUUUUAUUUUCACUAUUUUUACUUUCACACAUUUCAACUGUACAAACUUUCAAUACAUGGCCACUUUCAAUAAGAAAGGCAGCUUGUGAUAAGAUCUUUAACCUGUUGCAAAUGACUGUUUUGGAAUGGGGUUCAAUAUUGCUAACUAAUGCCAUGAGGGGUGGUAUGGAAAACACAUUCUGAUGCUUUUUAAUGUCAUUUCAGGAUUAAAAAGUUUAAAAAAAUAAAAA